GUUAGUUACGCAAUACUUGAUUCACAACAGACACCAAGGCAGAUUGGUAACAUUCCUUUGUCUGGGGAAGACUUGUUUAUCUGCCCUGCUUGGUUACAUGGUUGUAAACACUUUUUAGUCUACGCAUACAACUUUUUAAUUAACGGCCACACAGACAUCAUGCAAUGUCACUGAUGACCUGUGUGAGUGCACGGGAAAUAUGGUCGAUUUACGAAACUUCACCCAGAUAUUGGAAGAUGUUUUCAAAAACACAUUUCUUAACUACAUGAAUAACUGGCGCCGGAACAUGACAGCGGAACAAGAUGCACUGCAAGCAACAGUUGAUGCGGAAAACUUUGAUUAUGUUAUCUUGUACCUCAUGGUAAUGAUUGGAAUGUUCUCCUUCAUUAUUGUGGCUAUCCUAGUGAGCACGGUGAAAUCAAAGAGGAAAGAACACUCUAAUGACCCAUAUCACCAGUACAUUGUUGAUGAUUGGGGUGAAAAAUAUAAGGGCCAGAUUCUGAAUCAAGACGACUUGAAGUGUACGAUCCAUGAAAACAUCAGUGCAAGGGACAAAACAACCCCUGGAUCACCUUGAUUUCUUGGAGAUAGCACCAGUGAACACACUAGAAAGCCAUGUAUGUAAUGUAAUGUUUUCACUAGGAUUCUGAAUUGCCAUCACAUUGUCUGAUAAAUACCCAGAGGUGUCUAGUUAUAGAUCGUUCCUGAGAAAUUAAAUCUACUGCUUCACUGUGAGAUUUUUGGGUGAGGCUACUUAGUCAGCCAUCUGAGAAAGAGAUGUAUUCAUACUCUAUUUUGAUUUUCUAUUCUGCUUGACACUUGAGAGGCAUGAAAACACCUCACAAAAGUCACCCCCAAACUAUGGGCAGAUUUAAAAUCUGGAUGCGGAUCUGACUCUGAAUAUCCCAAAUCGAAAUAACAGACAAAACCAAAUCCCCAGAUCUGAAGACAUGUGAACUUCAAGGUGCUCAAAAUCUGGAUCAUGAU